AUGGCCAACCUCCCACCGGGGUACUACACCAGCGCCAACUUCAUCGGCACCGUGCUUGCCUACAGUCUGGCCAACAUGUCCAAUUACGCCGGCUACAUCAUGACUUUCAACCUCCUCUCCAUCAUCAACCAGGACCUGGGCCCGGACCCCAACUACGUGUGGAUCGCCACGGGCUACACAUUGGCGGGGACCACCGGUGCCAUGCUCUGGGGCCGAUUGAGCGACGUGUUCGGCCGGCGGUGGUUUUUCAUCGGCGGCAACUGCUCCGCCCUGCUGGGGAGCAUCUUGGGGGCCGCGGCGCCCAACAUUGUGACCUUGAUCUUUGCUCAAGUCUUCAUCGGCCUGGCCUUGCCCUCGCAGCUGAGCUUUUCCAUCGGACUGGCGGAGCUGAUCCCCAACAAGUGGCGUGGGUACAACAACGCACUCUUGUUCUUCAUGGCGGUGCCGUUCUCGACUUUUGGGCCCAUCAUUGCCCGCAACUUCCUUCUCAACACCAGUAAGACCUGGCGGUGGUCCUACUACGUCAACCUCAUCAUCAGUGGCCUGGCCAUCGUUUUGGCCGUCGCCUUCUACCACCCUCCCAUUUUCGAGCAGCUGCACACCAGGGCCUCGAAGCGAAAGGUGAUGAAGGAGCUGGACUACCUGGGGCUCCUGCUUUUCGUGGCCGGGCUGGUUUUGUUCCUCCUGGGACUCAGCUGGGGCGGGCAGAUCUACCCGUGGGCCAGUGCUCACACUCUUGCAACGCUGCUGAUCGGCGUGGUGCUGCUCGUAGCCUUUUUCGCCUGGGAGCUCUACGGCGCCAAACAACCUUUGUUGCCCGCACAUUUUCUCAAGAACUUGCCGUUUGGUGGCAUCGUGAUGGCUGCGGGUUCCGCGUCCGCCGUCUUCUACCCGUUGAACGUCUUCUGGCCGCAGCAGAUUGAGACCCUCUGGGCCACAGAACCCCUCCGCAUCGGCUGGCUCUCGUGCAUAUUGGGGGGAGGCACCCUGGCCGGCCAGGUCUUUGCUGGUUUGCUCGUCAGUCACGGGAGGGCGAAGUGGCAAUUCGUCACGGCGACGACGACAAUGACGGCUUUCAUCGGUGGCAUGGCUGCCACCAAUCGAAACACUCUGGUCACCGCCGAAGCCUUGUGCUUCUUGGGUAGUUUCUCCUUGGGCUACGUGGAGAACGUGGCCAACACACUGGCGCCCUUCACACAACUUGAGAAGGACAUCGGCGCAGCAGUCGGGGUUCUGAUCUCUGGCCGUACAGCCAUCGCCACCAUCGCCCUCGCCAUCUACAGCACGGUCCAGAACAACAAGCUCGCACACUUCAUCACCACAACGGUCGUGCCGGCUGCCGAGAAAGCUGGCAUCGCGGCAGAUCAGAUUCCGGCGCUGCUGGAUGGUUUCACCACUGGCUCGUUCGCCGGCGUACGUGGUUUGACGCCCGCCAUCCUAGAAACGGUGACCAUCGCCUACCAGACGGCGUUUUCCAAGGCGGUGCAGAUUGUGUAUCUCAUCAGCGUCGCCUUUGGCGUCCUGGCGAUCGGAGGGGCACUGCUGUCGCCCAAUCCAGACUCGAAAUUCAACACGGACAACAACAAGCUCGCACACUUCAUCACCACAACGGUCGUGCCGGCUGCCGAGAAAGCUGGCAUCGCGGCAGAUCAGAUUCCGGCGCUGCUGGAUGGUUUCACCACUGGCUCGUUCGCCGGCGUACGUGGUUUGACGCCCGCCAUCCUAGAAACGGUGACCAUCGCCUACCAGACGGCGUUUUCCAAGGCGGUGCAGAUUGUGUAUCUCAUCAGCGUCGCCUUUGGCGUCCUGGCGAUCGGAGGGGCACUGCUGUCGCCCAAUCCAGACUCGAAAUUCAACACGGACGUGUCGAGGAGAAUGCACGGCAAGGAGAACAUCGCGGCCGAACAGAGAGAGGUGGUGUAA